UCCUCAUGAUGUCUUUAACUCAAGCUUUAGCUUCAUUCGACUUUCUCUCCAAUGUGCUGGGGAGCGGGGAGAAGCUGAAGGUUGCCUACCCACCAGAGAGAGAGAGCCCCCCUGCCAAAGUUCCACAGAGGUACGAGCAGAAAAUACCAGUGUGGAUGAAUUGGUCAGGAGGCAGGGCAGUAUAGGAGCCUUUACCUCAGGCUAUGAGAGCAACAUCAUGGCAAGUGAUCACGGCUGGGACAUCCUGGUCAAGAAAUAUGAGCCAGUGCUGAUGGGCUGCCUUCUGAGCAACCAGGCUCUGCUAAAG